GAUAAUUUGGCGCAAAGCGCACUAUUGCCCAAUCAUUAUCGGUGCCUGCAUUUUCAGUAAUUGCGUCAUAGUGCUUGCUUUUUCGCGAUAAUAUAGAACUACGAUGAUAUCUUCGAGUCAUCAUUCUGCGAUUUAAACACCUCACCUGAUGGUAGGAUAUUGAGAACGGCCUGUGUUAAACUUGAACUGUUUUUUUUUACUUGUAUCCUACUGCACAAUCGUCAUUAAAAAUUCAUUUCAAGGCCCAUUUUAGGGUCCUAGUUUAAGCAUGGCCGACCGGAGGGGGUUUCUGCUUUAUUUUCUCAUCUCUUUUCUUUUGCAAUGCGCUCCAUCCCUACAAGACUGUCCGCCUCCAAAUGUUGAUUCAAACGUCGAAGUAACACCAGAUCAAUCGUAUUACUCAUCGUACAUGUACGUUCAGUUUUCGUGUCCUCCCGGAUAUUCGGCUACAAAUGGUUCUACAUAUUCUUACUGUUACCCGAGCAGCUACUGGUACCCAGACAUGUCGCAAGUUAUAUCAUGCACAGUAGAUACUGAUGUGACAACUCCGGCGACGGGCAAUGUAUCAGCGAAGGCGAUGGUAUUUGUAGCAGACAAAUCACUGAGUAAAAUUUUCAUGGCCGACUUUUCCAGCGGGGAUUUCGAAUCCCUGACCUUCACUGCCUUGCCCAUCGGGUCGGUGAACCAACCUCUGGAUGUGGAUUACGAUCCCCAAACUCGUAUGGUGUACUGGAGCGACAUGGCUGGAACGAUACGACGUGCAAACAUUGAUGGUACUAUGCAGAGCGUGAUCCUUGACAGUUCUGUGGGCAGAGCAGAAGGCAUUGCAUUGGAUACGGGUCGUGGUAAAAUCUUUUGGACCGAUGAAACAUAUGACCGAAUCAUGUCGGCUAAUCUUGACGGAUCAAACGCGGAAACUCUCAUUAAUACAGACAUAUCUAACCCACGUGCAAUUGUUAUACACAAAAAUAUGGGAGUGAUGUUUUGGACAGAUUGGAGUUACCCAGGACGAAUUGAGAGAGCAAACCUUGAUGGCGGGGACAGAUACGUCAUUAUUAACUCUACUGUCGUUUGGCCAAAUGGGUUGGAUCUCAAUAGCUACGGUGGCAGAAUUUACUGGUGCGACGCUUCAACAGAUAAAAUCGAGUCUGCUGAUCUUUGGGGAGACUACAGGGAUGUUCAUUUAUCGACAUCUUCGAUUCAUCCUUACGACCUGGCAUUCGUCAAUGACUACACUCUAGCAUGGACGGAUUGGAAUAUGGAUGCAAUUGGCUUAACAACAGUCUAUGACAACAACUAUACUUUACAUUAUUCAGAUACCUUCCAGAAUCCAUACGGCAUACAUGUAACCCCAAAUACGUCUUGCCAAGGGUGUUGUGAAUGUGGUCACAUGGGAGGUUGCUUCUGCGAUUCUGUCUGUCAACAAGUCGGUGACUGCUGUCAUGAUUAUGUCCAAUUCUGCAAUGAUUAUACACCAACGCCUCAACCAACUGGACAAUGGGACACUGAUAAUCCUGAGUCAUCAACAGACAGUUGGUGGCAACCACAAACGACCCCAUGGUGGUGGUGGAAUACAGAUGGACCUGAAUCUACUACAGAAAAUAGAUGGCAACCACAGACGACUCCAUGGUGGUGGUGGAAUACAGAUCGACCUGAAUCUACUACAGAAAAUAGAUGGCAACCACAGACGACUCCAUGGUGGUGGUGGAAUACCGAUAGACCGACCCCAGAUGGCCCUGAUUAUACAACGUGGAUGUGGGGCACAUCAAACCCGCCUUUCGUCGGAGAAGAGAAUGUGACUCUCGAGGUUGGGGUUACUCAGACUAUCUCCUCUCCGAACUAUCCUUCGAAUCAUCCAAACAACGUUCGCUAUAACUGGUACAUCACUGCUCCUCCGGGCUAUGAUGUUAUUGUUGACUUUCUUGACUUCAAGCUUGAAUCAUGCUGUGAUUUUCUCCGAAUUGGUAUCGGAGAAUCCCCAUCGUCUCCCGGAAGUGUUACCCUGGCUACCCUCACCGGUUCUUCUCUACCGUCUGAUAUGAGAUUAUAUUCUUCCCCAAGUUGGAUGAUGUUCUACACCGACACUUCAGUCACUUAUAGAGGAUUUCAACUACGUUUAAGUCUUACUAACGAAAACACAGCAAUUACAACAGAAAGUCCAAAUACAAGAUGGUGGUGGUGGACAACAACAGAUUAUCCAGCAAUUACAACAGACAGUCCAAAUACAAGAUGGUGGUGGUGGACAACAGAUUAUCCAGGCACAACCGACUCUCCCCUCCAGCCAAAUGAAACAGCUCGUCUAGUAAAUGGAAGUUACUCGUCAGAAGGACGGGUGGAAGUAUAUCAUAGUGGUACUUGGGGCACUGUCUGUGACCAUAGUUGGGACGUAGUGGAUGCAGGAGUACUGUGCAGAAGCAUCGGAUACCCAGACGCCGUGAGAAGCCAUGGAAAUGCAUUCUACGGGAUGGGUGACGGUCCCAUCUUGUUGAAUCACGUUGGUUGCUAUGGCUACGAAGACAGCCUCUUUGACUGUUAUCAUCAUGGCGUUGGUGUCCACCACUGCUCACAUGAUGAAGAUGCAGGAGCGGUCUGUUAUCCAGAUGCCCGCCUCGUUAAUGGGGAUGACCCGAGUGAGGGUCGACUUGAAGUCUACUACGAUGGCGUCUGGGGAACUGUUUGUGAUCACUCCUGGUACAGCACGAAUUCUUACGUCGUGUGCAGAAGUCUUGGGUUCCCAGGAUAUAUUGGACAUGUCUAUAAUGCCUACUUCGGGCAGGGCACAGGGCCCAUUCAUCUCAAUCAUGUGACAUGCAUGGGAGACGAGGGAAGUAUAUUUGACUGCAGACACUACGGUGUUGGCAACAACCACUGCUACCAUUCUGAAGAUAUUGGGAUCAGAUGCCUCCAAAAUGUUCGGCUGGUCAAUGGUACCACCCCCGCCGAAGGACGACUUGAAGUCUUCCACGGGGAAUCCUGGGGCACUGUUUGCGAUCAUGGCUGGGGCUUGGACGAAGCAGACGUGGUCUGUAGAAGUCUAGGAUAUUCCUCCGCAGAAGUGGUAUUCUAUAACGCCUACUUUGGGGAGGGAAGUGGCGACAUCUUGCUCAACCACGUUUAUUGCACCGGGAACGAAUCCAGCAUUUUCUACUGCAGUCACGAUGGUGUGGGCGUCAACCAUUGCAACCAUUAUGACGACGUUGGAAUACGAUGCGCUGAUGGAGUAACAACCGACCCCGCUCCCAUUACUACGACAGCAAGUACACCAUAUUGGGACAUAUGGACUACAUCUGUGCCCUUCGAAGGAGAAGAAAAUGUGACUCUCGCUGUUGGGCAACCGCAGAUCAUCGCGUCUCCAAAUUACCCCUGGAAUUACCCAAACAACGUCUACUAUAAUUGGUAUAUUACGGCUCCUUCAGGAUAUGAUGUUCUUGUUGAAUUCUUGGUGUUUGAUCUUGAAUGGGAUUAUGAUUACCUUUUAAUUGGGACUGGAGAAUCACGAUCAUCCCCUGGAAGUGUUAUGCUGGCUGCGUUAACGGGAACAUCCCAUCCAGGAUAUAUGAGGCUAAACUCUUCCGAAAGUUGGAUGCUGUUCACUACUGAUUCAUCUGUCACUGACACGGGAUUUCAGCUUCGAUUGAGUCUCGUUUAUGCGGCUGAAGGUAAAUAA